AAUAGCGUGGAUUUCAGUUUGAUGUGUUGUUUCCGAUACGGCACAGAUGUCUCAACAAAGUGGAUACUAUAAAAUGAAAAGUCAAGUCAAGAAUAGUUUUGACUUGAAACCAAAAAGAACUCGUCAGAAAAUUCAGCACAAAACGCACAACAUUAAUAAUCCUCCUGGGAAAGGUCAUUUGAAAGAACAAACAAACAGCAAAGUUGACAAACAUCAUAAUGGAUAUCAACUUACACAAAAUAUUGAUCCAAUACAAAAAUCAGAAGAAAAUCUUGUUAAAGAUAAUAAAGUGUCAAUGAUUUUCUCAAGUGAAAGUUCACCAGUUCCUGACGUAUCAUAUUUAAGGAAUUUUGUAUCAUUUAAUUCUCAGUCUAACCGAAACAUUCACUAUGCAUUCAAGGGAUCCUCUAAAGAGGUCAAAGUAAAUCAUUCAGGAGAAAACGGCUUUCAGUCCAAUCAUACAAAAAAUAAUGUGCUUCCACUUGUCGAACGCAAGUUAGAUAUGGAAAAGCGUUUUGUUGAUGAUCAAAAUUAUAAGUUAAAAGAAAGUGGUGGCGUUUGCUUAGAUCAAUCAUUUACUACAGAAAUCCACCCUAUUGAGGAAUCAGACAAUGAUUAUUCUAGUGAUUUUAGUGACGAAUGUUCUUCUAUUUCAUCUAUCUUAUCGUCCAAGACUCAGGAACUACUUUCUGUGGACAGACCAAACAAUCAUAAAGAAAUGACCGGAAUUUGUGAGUCAGUUUUAACGACCCGGACUUCUGGUUUUACUGUGCCAGUUAAGGUAAUCGGCAAUACUAACGAUGGGAUGGACAUGAAGGUUAUAGACUUCGAACAGUCAAACAGACUACCAAGUCAUCAUUAUAUUUCUUCAAAUGUAAGGUGUAGAGCAAAAGACUUAUUGAAAUUGGUUUGUUUAUCUUUAAAUGAGUUUACCAAUGUAUUCGAGUUGAAACCAAUAGAUGGUUAUGGAUUUUAUAUACUACAUUCAAAUAAAUGUAAAAAUUGGAAUCAUUGUUAUGUUCAAACAAAUGAUGAUGCAUUUCAUAGAGAAGUACAAACUGAACCAAUUGAUAUCUCUCAUGAUGUAUGGACUCAACAACCAUCCGAUGAGAAUGGCGAAUUUUGUGGAAGGGUUGGUAGCAACAGCAAUUCUACAUGAAUUAGCUAAAGAAUUUUGCCUGGGAGUUAACACUUAUAAUACUACUGUAAAUGAUGAAAUUGAGCAUGUUACUAAUACUUUCUCAAUAAACGAAUUCAAUACACCUGAAAAUUCCACCUCCAUGAUGAAUCCCAAUCAUCGAUUACCUGAUAGUCUAUUAGAAAAUCUUCAAUUAAUGUUGAAUUUAAUCAAUGAAGAAACUUUAGCAAAUUUAUCGUAUUUAUCCAAGGAGAGUAUCACAGAUCAAAAUGAUUUGCAGUCGACUGAAAAUGAUUUUGUAGAGAUAUUUUUUCAGUUGAAAGAUGACUGUUUUUCAGUAGAAUCUAAAUUUGGCCGUGGUUAUAAUGACAUUCAAAAUAAGGAGUUGCAAAAUACGCCAUCUAAAAAUAACGUUACCACAGUUGAUGCAAAUGAAAUAAGUAAACUUCAAAGCUUCUCCUACUUUUGGGGAAAUUAUGAAUGUGUUGCGUGUGAUUGUGCACCACAAAACCAAACAGUAAUUUUAACCAUUCAUCGACCAGUUAGGCUUAAUCAAGAACAAGAAGAAAUAAAGAGUCUUUUUAAUUAUAGCAGAAGUGCUGGUGAAUUUAUAUGUAUAUGGACAGAAAUUGGUGUGAAACUAUUGCCUGACCGUCUACUUUAUUGUCCAGGCUUAUCAGAAACUGGUCUAAAAGGCGCCAAUUUAAAUUGUGCAGUAUUUAGUCCAGAUGAUGAUGCAAAUUUGGUAAUUGCUGGUCUACACGACGGAGGUCUGUCUAUUUGGGAUCAACACAAGUAUUCCAAUGAAAUACCUAUGAAAUCAACAAGUUUAUCGAUUUUAGAUGACGUUCAACAUCAGUCUGUUUCCACCGGACUCAAUGAAUUUUUGAACCUGCCUGUUUUGUUACCAACCUAUAAAACAUCACUUGUAGAAUAUAAAGAUUCCACAAAUACAUGCAAGCUUCAAUCAUUGGUAAACUGUGUGACUCAACAACAUAAUCACUUUAGUCCAAUUAUAUCUGUUAAAAUUGCAGUCGGUGAUCAUCAUAGGUAUCGUGAACUAGUAGAUGAAUCAACUACAGAUAAAGAUAAAUUUCAAGUGCUUGCAUUAGACGAAAUUGGUAACAUUAGUUUAUGGCUAGUAUUGAUGAAUCAAAAGUAUAGAGUGCAAAAUACUAUAGAAAGCCUUGCAGGCUCACAAAUAGAUUACUGUUUAUCUCCCGGCACCAGUCGUUUACGUAUAAUUCGCUUACAGUUCAUCGAGUACAAAUCAACACAGAUAAAUAUUCCGCCUUCAUUAACAGAAAAUAGUCUAAAAUUUCAAACAGAAAAGAAUAAUUGGAACCUGUCAAAUCGGUUGAAUAAUAAAGUUAUAACCACUUGUUUAGCCAUAACGAAACAUGGGAAUUUCUUGAUUGGUUGUAGCAAUGGUCAAAUUAUACAUCGCGGACGUACACCUAAUCAAACAGUUUAUCCUAAACUAUUUUCACGAAUAUUAUGUUGUUCAGCUGUACAGACAGUAGAAACGCAUCCAAAUGCAGAAUUACAUAUAUUUAUUGCAGGUUAUACAGAUGGUAAAAUUUGUUUAUAUAAAACAAAUUACUUUCAACCUAUACUUGAAUGGGAUGUUACGUCAUCAGUGCCAAUAACAAAUUUAUCCAAAAUAAAACUAACUAAAAAUAAAGAUGACACAGUAGCACCAAUUUCAGAAUCAAUAUCGAAGAUUUCAGUUAAUCGUUCAUUUAUUAGUAUUCGUAAACUUAUUUGGUCAGCUACUCGUUCUUCAGUAUUUUUCAGUUUGGAUUCAAAUAAUCAAAUAAUUUUAUGGGAUAUUGUAAACAUAUUCAACCUGGCUAAUAAUUCUUUACUCUUAAAUGAUACAGAAUCUAGCUUGAAGAAUGAUUAUCCGAUAAACGUGAACUUGAAUGAUAAAAAAAUACUGUCUUGUCAAAUUAAUGAUAUUUGUAUAAGUAAAAUGCCAUGUUUGAGAAAUAUUAACCGAAUUUCAUCAUCCUCAAUAGCACCGAUUUCGACUCAUUCAUCACCUUUAUUCAUUUUAUUCUAUCCGCAUAAAAUUAGCAUACGCUGGAUUAAUUCCCGUUGGAUAAAUGAAUCAGUGAACGAAAAUACUUUAUUAAUGAAAACCCUCGAUAAUUUCAGUAGUAUCAGUUGGCCUAAAAUUUGAUAAUUUAUACCUAUGAAUGUAAUUUUUAUUGAUUGGAUACUCGAUUUUGAGUAUUUCUUUAUGUUUCUUUACUGUUCAUUCUAUUGAAGUGAAUUAAGCAGAUGUACAUAAUACUAAAUGUAGAUGAAUGAACCAUUAUUAUUAUUGUUUCUUUGAAUACGGAUCUAUGCUUAUGUAUGAAAACACUUUUCUGUUCGAUAUUCUCACAGUCCAAAAAAUUUACAUUACAAGACCAUAUACUAGCGUUAAGUAAUGACUGUAUCAACCGUAUUUUUUAAACAAUUUUAAUCAAUCUUUCAUUGUUCAUGAGAAAAAAGUAAACAAUAUAUAUUUCUUCGUUUUUGGCUAAGAAUACUUAAUCGUCGAAUACAGUUGAAAUAAGUUGUACGAAAGUUAGAAGAGGCAGUGGCUGGUGUUUUUCAGUGAAAGGAAUAUCAAAAACGUACAUCAGCUUGUAUGGGCUUUCUAACCAAACACUAUCGAUUGUGUUAGUACUUGUGGAGAACUUUCAUCGUUUUUUUUUUCAAACUUAAAACUAUGUUCGUCCAAGUUAUCCACUGUCCCUUCAUCUAUUCAAUUUCCUUAUGAAUCUACUCCUAAAAUUCAAUCUUUCCUUAAUUAUUCAGUGGUCUAUCUCUUGUUAGAUAAUCUACUCCCCGACUUGGAAUAUGUGGAUGAUAUAGUUCUGUUUGUUUGAGACUUCGAUACAACAUUGAGUCUUCUGAUCAUCUUGAGAGACAAGGUAAACACGUUUCUUACGCACAUACUUCGCCAUCUAAAUGCAAAUGUUUGUUCAGGGACUAGUUGGAAUCAAGAUUUGGACAGAGAGGUGGAGUUGGGCACGUCGAUCAUUUCACUUAUCUUAGAUGUUUCAUCCGUCUUGAUGAGUCAGGGUUUGAUGAAAUCUCAAUACGGAAUCAUCAAUCUUGACUGUGGCUCGCCAGCUUACGCCACUUAUGACAUAGAAGUAUAUGCGUUUCAAACAAAGAGUGAGUAUAGCGCCCAGCGGUGCACUAUGUAUUAUUGCAUGGCUAUGAAACACAGUUUACGAAAGUACACAAAAAGUGUAGAAUGCGUGUUGCUUGUCACAGAUAUCUCAGAAUGAUUGACCACGUGAAUGAGUAAUGUUUAGGUUAGGUGCAGGAUUCGUGGCAAAAGUGGCCAGUCAGUUGAUGAGGUUAUGAACCUUAAUUAACUGAAGUGGCUGGGACAGGUGUGACGUAUAUUUAAUCACCACCUGAUUGAACGUGUGCUGCUUGCUGAUGUAGAAAUGGGUUGGAGGGAAGCAAUGAGUUGUCAAAUCAAAAUGUGUCACCAUUGCAUGAAGUCAUUGAAUGUUGGUUGGCUGGAGUCGUGCUGGUGGAUGCAGACUACAUGUUUGUUAUCGGCAUGAUGACCGUGAUCAGUGGUUAUGGAGUUCGGAUGGAGUUGUUGAUAAUCAGUUAAAAUGACGCGAAUGAAUCCAUUGAUUAUUUUGAAUUGUAGUAUUUCUUCAUACAUACCUUUUCAUCCUUUUUUUCACACCAUAUCGUCAAUGUCAAGUAUCUUCUAUAGUCAUUGAAAUGACUAUCUGUCCAGAUAAAAGGACAGAAGAGAACUGAAUAAAAAAAGGAAGAAAUCGUGUCAGUUUGUCAGAGAGAAAAGCAAAAUAAACUAAAAAAAGAACCAAACAUAAUAUUAACAGUGAUAAUUAAUAUGUACAUUAAAUUUAUGCGUAUACGUGUGCACUUGCGUAAUAUAAUCGAUUAUUGUGUUAAAAAAUGAAAAAAAACUGGUAGAAAAUUU